GGUCUCUCUCUAUCUCUCUAACAGUACCUACCUCUUCUUCUUGCUUCUUCUUUCGCUGACUUUGUUUACAGUGAAAACAGAUACCUAUGUCACCGCCGUCGGCAACCGCCGGUGACAUCAACCACCGUCAAGUCGACCCAAGGAUCUGGCGCGCUUGUGCUGGUGCCUCCGUUCAGAUCCCUCUCCUUUACUCUAGGGUUUACUACUUCCCUCAAGGUCAUGUGGAGCACUGUUGCCCUCUCAUCUCCACUCUUCCUUCGUCUACCUCUCCGGUGCCAUGUCUCAUCACUUCCAUCCAGUUGCUCGCCGAUCCGAUCACUGACGAGGUUUUUGCUCACCUUGUUCUUCAACCGAUGACGCAGGAGCAGUUUACUCCGACUAAUUAUUCAAGAUUCGGUAGAUACGAUGGCGAUGUUGAUGAUAACAACAAGGUGACUACCUUCGCCAAGAUUCUCACGCCUUCUGAUGCUAACAAUGGAGGUGGAUUUUCGGUUCCUCGUUUCUGUGCUGAUUCCGUCUUUCCUCCGCUUGAUUUUCAAAUCGAUCCACCGGUUCAGAAGCUUUACAUCACCGAUAUCCAUGGAGCUGUUUGGGAUUUCAGGCAUAUCUAUCGCGGUACACCGAGGCGUCACUUGUUAACCACCGGAUGGAGCAAGUUCGUGAAUAGCAAGAAGCUAAUCGCUGGCGAUUCGGUGGUGUUUAUGAAGAAAUCUGCAGAUGAGAUGUUUAUGGGUGUUAGGCGAACACCGAUCUCAAGCAGCGGUGGAGGAAGUAGCUACUACGGCGGGGAUGAGUACAACGGCUAUUACAGCCAGAGUAGCGUUGCUAAGGAAGAUGACGGGAGUGCGAAGAAGACGUUUAGGAGGUCUGGGAAAGGUAAAUUGACCGCUGAGGCUGUGACGGAGGCGAUCAAUAGAGCAGCUAAGGGAUUGCCAUUUGAGGUGGUGUAUUAUCCGACUGCUGGAUGGUCAGAAUUUGUGGUGAGAGCUGAAGAUGUUGAGUCCUCUAUGUCUAUGUUUUGGACUCCUGGGACUCGAGUCAAGAUGGCUAUGGAGACUGAGGAUUCCUCUCGGAUAACUUGGUUUCAAGGCAUUGUUUCCUCUACUUAUCAAGAAACUGGUCCAUGGCGUGGAUCUCCUUGGAAACCGCUUCAGAUCACAUGGGAUGAACCUGAGAUUCUGCAAAACGUGAAGAGGGUGAAUCCUUGGCAAGUGGAAAUUGUUGCAAAUGCAACUCAACUUCAUGCCACCUUCCCUCCAGCAAAGAGGUUGAAGUAUCCACAACCCGGAGGGUUCUUGAGUGGAGAUGACGGAGAUAUCCUCUAUUCUCAAAGGGGACUGUCUAGUGCAGCAGCACCUGAUCCAAGUCCUUAUAUGUUCCCGUAUUCUACAUUUCCUGCUGGCAUGCAGGGAGCCAGGCAAUAUGAUUUUGGGUCUUUCAAUCCAACCGGAUUCAUUGGAGAGAAUCCUCCCCAGUCAUGCACCAAUAACUUCUUCAGUCCGCUUCCAACCGGGUUGGGAAAAGUGUCGACUGAGAUGAAUUUUGGCAGUCCGCCAUCAGAUAACUUAUCGCCUAAUAGCAACACCACUAAUCUGUCCUCUGGAAACGACCUGGUUGGAAACCGAGCCCCCAUUUCAGCAAAAGCUAACUCGAUUCGGUUAUUUGGCAAGACCAUUACCGUGCAGGAGCGUUCUGAGAGCGGUCUUGCAGAGUCUGGCUUGUGUGAAGAGGAUGGCAGCAAAGAGUCCAGCGACAAUGAGACACAAUUGUCCUUGACACGUGGUCGUGGUCCUCCAAGCGUGUGAAGAUUCUCUAGGUGCCUAAACAUUCCAACAGCUACGCAGGUUAUCGCUGCCAAGGUAUAUUCUGAUCUAUCGCAAGUACAAUAAUCUAUUGAAUCAGUUGCUAAAGCUUUUAUUACUGUUUUGAUCAAGCCAAUUAUGUAGACUAGGAAACACAUUUAUGAUUUUCUGAUAUGACCAAUGAUACUUGUGAAAACUAUCUCUAUCUCUUCAGUAAUCGCCUUGAGUUAAUUGGAAUUUGGGACUUAAACAUUACUUGGAGUUAGCUUUUCAAAGCAUAAGCUUUCCUGAUUCAUCAUAUAUGUAUUAAGAUAGUUCUUCAUAUCAUUACAAUCCAUUCUCUUUCACUGUACUUGGUUUGCUUUGAUUUACCGCUGCUAUUUACAAUUUCUACUGUUUUGUUUCUCUUUUUUUAGUCUCAUUUACAUUGUAUGAGGACACAGAAUUGGCUCCUUUAUGCAUCUGAACAAUGAAGAAAUUGUGUGGUUUCGUUACAAUUUUGAUUUGCAGAAAGCUUGAAGCUGCUUAUAUGCGAAUAUAAUGAUGCACAUCCU